GAAGUGACGAGCAACCUAACAAUCACCUGCAAUCCUAGACCUUCAUCAACUGUCCUCAAACAAACCAAACCAAACAGCAUAAUUGGCUAAGUUACCAUCAUCACCAGCUGUUAGCCGGUGGAUCCCACCAACAGGACCAAAUGAUCAAAUUUUCAGUCUUUUUUUUCUUCUUAAGGCUGUUUAUUUAAAAGCGUGUUAUUGACCAUCCACUUUCCCUCCCCAAUCAAACAACGCUACAGCCGCCGUCGCCGUCACCACCACCACCUCCUCCUUCUCCUUCUCUAUUUCUCUUCUUUUUCGCAUUACGAUCAGAAACCGUUUUGCUUCAAGAUAUUAUUUCGCUUUAGCUAAAACGAGGUUUCGUUCACCUACUACUGUUCUGUAACUUCACUGAUCUGUUUAUUUUUAAAUUUUUUUUUUUCGAUUAAUUAUCUUCCGUUCGUCUACAUUUCGAUGAAAGCUAACUGAAGCGACAAUGAAGUUGAAUGAAGCAGUAGAGAUAUCAGUAGUUGUAGUACUGGUUGUACUAACCUCAGCGCCAUGGCGCGUUUACUCGGAGAAGCGUCCGCAACCUCUUCUCGUGAACAUGACUCUGGUUGAAAACGCUUCAGCUAUUGGCGCCUUUUGUUUGGACGGCAGUUUGCCGGCUUAUCAUCUGCACAGAGGAUUCGGUGCUGGAGCAGCAAACUGGUUGCUACAGUUUGAGGGUGGUGGGUGGUGUAAUGAUAUUCCGUCCUGUUUAGAGAGAGCCCAAACACGGCGUGGAUCGACGCGUUACAUGAUCAAACGGGAGGUCUUUUCUGGAAUUCUAAGUAACAAUGCCUCUCUUAAUCCAGAUUUCUACAACUGGAAUCGUGUAAAAAUUAGAUAUUGUGAUGGAGGUUCGUUUGCUGGAAAUGCCGAGUUUGACAAUGGGACGUCAUUACUUUAUUUCAGAGGGCAAAAAAUUUGGGAAGCAAUCAUUCUCGAUCUUCUACCUAAAGGAUUGGGAAAUGCCAGAAAGGCUUUGCUUUCAGGUUGCUCUGCUGGGGGCUUAGCGACCUUUAUGCAUUGUGACAACUUAACCAAAAUUUUACCGAAUGCCACCGUGAAAUGCUUGAGCGACGCUGGAUUUUUCUUGGAUGAAAGAGACGUAAGUUUGAACCAUACAAUAAGAUUCUUCUACAAAGCUCUCGUUGAACUACAGGGGAUAGAACAAAAUUUGAAUCAAAACUGCACAGAAUCCCUCUUUUUUCCCAAUCUGUGUUUUUUCCCACAGUAUGCCUUGAAGUAUAUUACAACACCUUAUUUCAUUUUGAACUCAGCCUACGAUGUAUUCCAAUUUCAUCACAUACUGGUUCCACCUUCUGCUGAUUUACGUGGGCACUGGAAGCACUGCAAGCUUAAUCCAGCAGAAUGUAACACAGACCAGAUAGAUAUACUGCAAGGUUUCAGGCGUGACAUGCUUAUAGCUUUGAGAUUAGUUAAGUAUUCAAGACGUGAUGGAAUGUUCAUAAAUUCGUGCUUCGCUCAUUGCCAAAGUGAGUCACCAGAUACUUGGUUUGCAGUUGAUUCCCCCAGAAUAAACAAUAAGACAAUUGCAGAAGCAGUUGGUGAUUGGUAUUUUAGCAGAAGGGUAACCAGAGAGAUUGACUGUGGAUAUCCUUGUGAUAGUUCUUGCCGUAACCUAAUACCAUAAAUUCAGGUUGAAUAGAUGAAGAGCAAAAGUGGCAGGUCCAACAUAACAUUUAGACGGUAAAUAAUUCUUGAUUUCCGAAAGUGGAAGAUGCAUUAAUUGCUGCUACAUAUAUUAUAACUUAAUUACUAGAAAAUGGAUAAUCAAAGCAUACAGAGAAGAAACAAAAGAUAGCCAUGGAAUACACAUUUUUUAGCAAAUUUAUCACUUGAUAAAAGGUUUGAUUAUUGUUUCUCCACCAAAAUAUUAGGAAGGAAAUUCACAAAGAAGAUGAAUCUCCAUACUUUUAACUAGUUGGAUUUAUGUGAUUUGGUGCUACAUUCUAAUAGUUGAAGUCUUAUUGUUUUUGUGGUUUGGAUUCUUAUUUUUUCUUCUGUAAUUUAAAAACAGUAUGAUAUUUGCAUGUGUAAAUAUGAAUAAUAAUAUUUUUUAUUAUACA